AUGUCGGACCUGCAAAAGCUGAUUAGCCGGAGGAACGCCCUCUUGGCUCAAAUCAAUGUAGAGCUUUCUGUCGCGGACAACAUCAAAGAGCGGAAUCCGUCCCAAAGUGAGGUUAGGGACCGACUGAAUCAGCUAAACGAGCUUGCUGCUAGUUUUCGGGAAACGCAGAGCUCCAUCGAGGAGAAACAGGAGGACCCAGUAGCCACCGCAUCGGUGCAUUCGGUCAGGGAGGAGUUUUUCGGAAUGUUCUACAGAGUGAAGAAUAUUUUCGAAAGCCAUCUGGAUGAGGUUGGAUCUUCCGUGAGUCAGCAAACUGUUGCCAAUACGGCCGAUUGGAAGGAGGCACUUCAUCUGCUCAUCGAGACGCAGAGGAAGCUAUUGUUGGAUCAGGCGAUGACAGCAAAAACCGUCGAAAAUCUGUCGAUGUUUCCGAUUGCUGCAAUCAAACUAUCCGACGGAGAACAGGUGUCGAAUGGUGCACCCCAGUUGAAUGUUCGGUUGCCUGCCAUCCAGAUUCAGCCAUUCAAUGGUGAACCAUCGCCGCAGUCGUUGAGCAGACUAAUUACAACAUCGGACGAGAUUGUGCAACAGCUGGAUGCUUUGGGGCAGGAGUUCAAAAGCCGAGAUCCGUGGCUAAUCCAUCUCAUCCUGGAGAAGCUGGACAAGGACACACGAGCCAGUUGGUCUCAAGAAGUAGUAGAGAUUGAGAACCCAACAUUCGAGGAACUGCUGGCGUUUCUCAAAAAGCGCUGUGAGAUGAUCGAAACUUGUUCUGCGUUCGUGAAGAAACCAGUGAAUGAACCGAAGAAGGAAGUACAAAGAUCGGUGCCAAUCUCGACGAAGCUGAAGACGCUGUAUACGUCAACAACGGACAAAAAGUGCGCGAAGUGCUCCAGUGAGCACAAUACGUAUCGGUGUGAAGAAUUCAAAAAUAUGAGUGUGAAGGACAGACGUGAACUAGUGCAAAAGGCCAAACUGUGUUUCAAUUGCUUACGGCCAUUCCAUUCGGUGAAGUCGUGUACGUCGAAGUCUGUGUGCCACAACUCCGACUGCAAGCAACAACACCAUACGCUGCUGUGUCCUGUGGUGAAGAAGGCUGAACAACCGGAAGCAGAACAACAAGAAGAUUCGGCGGUGGCCCCUGCAAAGGAAGAAAGUGCCAUUGUCUCACUGGCGGCGGAAGUUCCCGAGAACAAGCAAAAAUCUAUCCCGUUGCUGCCAACGGCUGUUGUCAAGGUGCAAAAGGUGGAUGGCGAUUUUAUGACAGCGAGAGUUCUCAUCGAUUCCGGUUCUCAAGCGUCGUUGGUGACAGAAUCCUGUGUCCGGAAAUUGCAACUACCACGACGGAACGGCAAGCUAGUAGUCAACGGUCUGGGUCAACAAGAGGUCGGAACGACACGCGGUGUGGUGACAUUGCGCCUUGCAUCUCGGUUCAAGGACACCCUAGUCUUGAGCAUUGAGGCCUACGUUCUUGGCAAACUGACUACCAUAAUACCGUCUCAGCCGUUCGAUGUGGAUAACAUGAUUGAUAAUUCGAAGCCAGCGCUUGGCGAUUCUCUUGCUGUGGCCAAGAAACGACUCAAAUGUAUCGAAAGGCGAUUUCAUCUGGAUCCGGAGUUCAAGAAUCAAUACACUAACUUCAUGCGUGAAUAUUUAGAGCUCGGACAUAUGGAGGAGGUUCCGGUAGCCGAAGUUUAG